GUAUACAAGCCAAGAGAGUCCAAGUAUAAAGCUCUCGUCCCACAUCGGAUGAUACUCAGUUUGCCGCCUUGCUUCGUUCAUCAACAACCGCCAAGAAAUGUCCAAUAAAACCUGCUGCCGCGGACCCGGUUAUGCAACCCCACUGGAUGCCAUGAGGAGUGGUCCCCGGGAGAAGCUUCUCUACACGGUCACAGUUCAGCCCAAUUUGGAUGAGCCCCACGGAGAUUAUCUGUCCACGGUCGACGUGGAUCCCGUGAGCCCCACCUACUGUCAGAUAGUGCACCGUACAUUUACUAAUCGCAAAGGUGAUGAGUUGCAUCACUCCGGCUGGAACGCAUGCUCCAGUUGUUAUUUUGUGGACGAGAAUUCUAAAACCGUACCAAAAAGGGACAGACUGGUGCUGCCGGCCUUGAAUUCCGACUUUGUGUAUAUACUCGAUGUGGUGACUGAUCCCCGAAAGCCAGAGAUUAUCAAGACAAUCGAUGGCGAUGUGUUAAAAAGUCACAAUGUUACGGGUCCACAUACGACCCACUGUUUGGCCAAUGGAAACAUCAUGAUAUCCGUAAUGGGUGAUGCCGAAGGAUAUGCCAAAGGAGACUUUAUCCUCUUCGAUUCGGAAUUCAAUUGCAUCGGCACAUGGACGAAGGGCGAAAAGAAGGCAUUGUGCGGCUACGAUUUCUGGUAUCAGCCGUAUUUCGAUGUGAUGGUCUCUUCCGAGUGGGGAGCUCCCAAUAAAUGGCGACGUGGCUGGAAGGAAGGUGACCUCGAUGACAUGACCCAAUAUGGCUGUCGGCUUAACUUCUACAAAUGGUCUACACAGACUCUCUACCAAACCAUUGAUCUGGGAUUGGACGGCAUAACGCCUUUGGAAAUCCGCUUCCUGCACGAUCCCAAACGUCCGGAGGGAUUCGUUGGAUGUGCCCUGAACGCCAAGGUGUUUUACUUCAAAAAGAAGACAGAUUCCGAUGAGUUCGAGGCCAAGAAGGUGAUAGACAUUCCCGGAAAAUUGGUUGAUACUGGUAAUGGAAAGGCGGAGAAUAUGGGUGGCAUGAUCUCAGACAUCAUUAUAUCCUUGGAUGACCGAUUCCUCUAUGUCAACUGCUGGCGACACGGGGAUGUAAGGCAAUAUGAUAUUACCGAUCCCGAGAGUCCCAAGCUAACAGGACAGCUUUUCCUGGGUGGUGCCAUUUGCAGUGAUUUGCCCAAUGUGAUUGUUAAGGAGGAUAAAGAACUGAAGGAGCGACCCCCAGCUCGUUAUGUAAAGGGUCGUCGACUAGAAGGUGGACCUCAAAUGAUGCAACUCUCACUGGAUGGCAAGCGCUUGUAUGUCUCGUCAUCUUUAUAUUCUCCUUGGGAUAAGCAAUUUUAUCCAAAAAUGGUCUCGCAAGGCGGUCACAUUGUCCUUAUCGAUGUGGAUACAGUGAAUGGCGGCAUAUCCCUAAAUGAAGACUUUUUGGUGGACUUUGGGAAUGAGCCCUAUGGUCCCAGCCUGCCCCAUGAAAUGCGUUACCCCGGAGGUGAUUGCACUUCCGACAUUUGGCUGGCUGAUGAUGCUUAAUUUAGACUUUGGCCAUGCCCUUUUACAAAACUCGUAAUUCCAAUAAAUGUAUAUCAACCUUAACAAAGCUUUAAUAAAAUAUCUUAUUAAAAAAAUUUUA